CCGAGCAGAAAACAAAGAAACUCUGCCCUCUUGGAGCUUAUGGUGCAGUCAGAGGAAGCAAAGUAAAUACUUGAAAGAACAAAGAAAUGAUUGGAGAAGCAGAUGUAACAGGUGAUCCUCCCUGGCCUGGCCACAGCUGUCUGAACAAAACAAGGAGUGCCACCAUGUUUUCAGAGCAGGCAGCCCAGAGGGCCCACACUCUGCUAUCUCCUCCAUCAGCCAACAAUGCUACCUUUGCCCGGGUGCCUGUGGCAACUUACACCAACUCAUCACAACCCUUCCGACUAGGAGAGCGCAGCUUUAGCCGGCAGUAUGCCCACAUUUAUGCCACCCGCCUCAUCCAGAUGAGACCCUUCCUGGUGAGCCGGGCCCAGCAGCACUGGGGCAAUGGAGUUGGAGUGAAGAAGCUGUGUGAGCUACAGCCUGGGGAAAAGUGCUGUGUGGUGGGCACUCUCUUCAAAGCCAUGCCACUCCAGCCCUCCAUCCUGCGCGAGAUCAGCGAGGAGCACAACCUGAUCCCCCAGCCUCCUAGGAGCAAAUACAUCCACCCAGAUGAUGAGCUGAUCUUGGAAGAUGAAUUGCAGCGUAUCAAACUGAAAGGCACCAUCGAUGUGUCAAAGUUGGUCACAGUCUUGGCAGUGUUUGGCUCCGUGAGAGAUGAUGGCAAGUUUCAGGUGGAGGACCACUGCUUUGCUGACCUGGCUCCACAGAAGCCCGCACCCUCACUUGACACAGACAGGUUUGUGCUGCUGGUAUCCGGGCUGGGCCUGGGCGGAGGUGGUGGUGAGAGCCUGCUGGGCACCCAACUGCUGGUAGAUGUUGUGACGGGGCAGCUUGGGGACGAAGGGGAACAGUGCAGUGCUGCCCACGUCUCCCGAGUCAUCCUUGCCGGCAACCUCCUCAGCCACAACACCCAGAGCAGAGAUUCUAUUAACAAGGCCAGGUACCUCACCAAGAAAACCCAGGCAGCCAGCGUGGAGGCCGUCAAAAUGCUGGAUGAAAUCCUUCUGCAGCUGAGCGCCUCGGUGCCCGUGGAUGUGAUGCCAGGCGAAUUUGAUCCAACCAACUAUACACUCCCCCAGCAGCCCCUGCACCCCUGCAUGUUCCCACUGGCCACUGCCUAUUCCACACUCCAGCUGGUCACCAACCCAUACCAAGCCACCAUCGAUGGAGUCAGGUUCCUAGGAACAUCUGGACAGAACGUGAGUGAUAUUUUCCGAUAUAGUAGCAUGGAAGACCAUUUGGAAAUCCUAGAGUGGACUCUGCGGGUCCGUCACAUCAGCCCCACAGCUCCGGACACCCUAGGCUGUUACCCUUUCUACAAAACUGACCCAUUCAUCUUUCCGGAGUGCCCUCAUGUCUACUUCUGUGGCAACACCCCCAGCUUUGGCUCCAAAAUUAUCCAGGGUCCUGAGGACCAGAUGGUGCUGUUGGUGGCCGUUCCUGACUUUAGUUCCACACAGACUGCCUGCCUGGUGAACCUGCGCAGCCUGGCCUGUCAGCCUAUCAGCUUCACAGGCUUUGGAGCAGAUGACGAUGACCUGGGAAGCCUGGGGUUGGGACCCUGAUGAGAGGCUGCUGGUUCAGGCCAUUCACCCCUGCAGUAUGAGCCCUGUAAAUAAAUUAUGAACAUUUGCAGGUCUGAACCUUGACUACCUGGGCAUGUGUGGGAUGGAGCUGGUAGGAGCCCCAGCGAGUAAGCCUCUUCCCUGAGCUGGUCAAAAUGAUGGCGGUCAAUGCCAUGAGCUUGUUUUAUUGGUGUGACCUUGGCUUCCUUGCCUUCCCCUCCCCAAAGUUCUCCAGUAGAACUGGAGAUCCUACAGACUCUGGCUUUGGAGUCCUGGUGGCCUUCAUGCCCCCACUGGGUUAGGGGGCCCACUCGGGGUCUUCCAGGUGCUGCUGGAUAUAGGUCUGCCGGCACAGGCUUGGGAAGUGCUGCUUUAGUUUGAGUUGGGUAAGGCCAUUGGGA